UCAACAAAUAUCCACUUUAAAAACGAACUUCUUCUUUCCCUUUAUGCCCUCUCUCUCUCUACUUUAAACAUUUCUAUUUACAGAAAGUUGGUUCUGGAUUUGCUCUGAUUCUUCUUCCUCCCAAAAAGACAUGUACCCAUCAUCGUCCUCUUCAUCAUCUCAGGGCUCAAUGGGCCAGAGUGGGCUGAUCCGCUACGGCUCAGCUCCAGGUUCAUUUCUAACCACAGCCGUGGAUUCAGUCAUCGGACAACCCAGCUGCGAAUUCUCAGCAGUCGGAUCCCAAUCACUCCUGGGCUCCCGCUACUUCUCCGCCGACACGUCGUCCGAUUCCGCGCCACGCGAUCCGGAAGAGCAGAACAAGGGAAACCCAGCUGGUGUCUCCACCAGGGGGUUACAGAGAUCGUUGGGUUUGAAUGAUAUAGCCGUUGGGGAUUUCGCAACGGUCAAUAAUUUGAAAAAUGGAGUUGGGUCUUCCUCUUCUUCUUCAUCUCUGGUUCGUCACAGUAGCUCUCCUGCUGGCUUCCUCAAUCAUCUCACUGAUAAUGGUUUUUCACUCAAUAGGGGAAUGCCCUCUGAUGGUGGCAGUGGAAUAUCAAGGCUGAACUCUCAACUGAGCUUUACCAGAAACGAGUCUCUUCCUCAGAUCUCUGAAAAAAAUGAGAACAUUGUUGAUGCAAUGAAUACCGAUAAUGACCACAGAAAAGCUGCUCAUUCUUAUGCCACCGUUAGCUUUGGAAUGGGCUCAUGGGAUGAUGCUAAUUCUAUCAUGUUUUCCUCUCCACCAAGUAAACGAGCUAAGAACAUUGGCAGCAACAUUGUCAAUAAUCUCAGCACUGUAGAAUCUCAGUUUCAGUUUAGCCUGCCGCAGACAGCUGUAGAGAUGGCCUCAAUGGAGAACUUACUACAAAUCCCUCAGGACUCAGUUGCUUGCAAAGCCCGUGCCAAGCGUGGUUGUGCGACUCAUCCGCGAAGCAUUGCUGAAAGGGAGAGAAGAACUAGAAUAAGUGGGAAAUUGAAGAAGCUACAAGACCUUGUUCCUAACAUGGAUAAGCAAACAAGCUAUGCGGACAUGCUGGAUAUUGCAGUGAAUCAUAUUAAAGGCCUUCAAAAUCAGGUUCAGAAGCUUAAUAAGGAACUUGACAGUUGCACGUGUGGAUGCAAGGAAACCAUGCAAUGCUAGCAAAUUAGGGUUAGUAAAACCAAGUCUGCACUCAAGGGUCAAGUUUGAUGCCACAGGUGGGUGAUCCUGGCCAGACAGAUCCAUCACUGGAUAACUUGAUAAUACGAAGAAGAUUGAACCAAUUGUACAUAAACAAAGUUGUCCUCUACUUCAGCAAAAGAUAUUUAAUUUGCUACUCUUUUUCCUGAAGAGAAAAUAUGUUAAUGAUAGCUCAGAUUUCUUUUGUUUCAUCUUUUGAUGUUGAAAUGUAUUUGGUUCUGGAAAUUUUUUGAGUUCAAGUACUUAAUAGAUGGAAAUGUUGUUGUUUACAUUUUUUCUUCAUUUCUUUCAUUCAGAAUUAACAGGGAAUGUCUCCUAACAGAGUAAGUUUGGUGCAGGAUGUCAGAUUUGCUUACCUUGAUCCUAGAAAUAUUCACUUGGUAAUUUGUUGCGUACACGUAUAUAUACUAUGUUGCAUACACCUACUAUGGUGCUGAUGCUAAUUAAAAAAAAAAAAAAAAAAAAAAAAAA